AUGGCGGUUCAACCUAAACAGAAUUUAUCUAUGGACUCUGUGUCCGAAACUGGUUUUCUAAACUUUUAUUUCUCUAUGCCAGAGAAACCCGACACUACAGUGAGAGUAUUCGAUCGCAGCGAUUAUUACACAGUACAUGGAAAAGAUGCUGUUUUUGCUGCUAAAGAAGUGUUUAAGACCAACACGGUUAUCAAAAUGCUCGGGUCAGGCAGCAAAAGGCUGGAGAGUGUGGUGCUCAGUAAGAUGAACUUUGAGUCAUUUGUGAAGGACUUGCUGCUGGUCCGACAGUACCGUGUGGAGGUGUAUAGAAAUAAGACUGGAAGCAAGAGUAGCAAGGAUCAUGACUGGCAAAUAACCUACAAGGCUUCUCCAGGGAACCUGAGCCAGUUUGAAGAGAUUUUGUUUGGCAGUGGUGGAGGCGUAGGAGAAGGAGCUGCUGGAGUGGUCGGGAUCAGACUAGGAACAGGAAGCGAUGGGCAGCGUGUUGUGGGUAUUGGAUAUGUUGAUAGCACUCUCAGGCAGCUUGGUGUUUGUGAGUUUCCAGAUAAUGACCAUUUCUCCAAUCUGGAGGCACUUUUGGUGCAAAUAGGCCCCAAAGAGUGCGUGCUUCCUGGAGGGGAUGCUGCCGGGGACAUUGGAAAAAUUAGACAGGUGGUUCAGCGUGGAGGCAUUUUGCUUUCAGACAGGAAGAAGGCAGAGUUUACAACCAAAGACGUUGUUCAGGAUCUGAAUCGUCUACUGAAGGCUCGCAAAGGAGAGACAGUGUCUAGUGCUGCACUUCCAGAGAUGGAGAAACAGAUUGCCAUGUCCUGUUUGGCAGCUGUCAUUAAAUACCUGGAGCUUCUUUCUGAUGAGUCUAACUUUGGUUCCUUUAAGAUAACAACAUUUGACCUUGGUCAGUACAUGCGACUUGAUAACGCUGCUGUUCAGGCUCUUAACCUGUUUCAGGGUUCAUCCGAUGAUCAUACAGGUACCCAUUCCCUGGCAGGUCUUUUGAACAAGUGCCGAACACCUCAGGGCCAGCGACUGGUCAGUCAGUGGAUCAAACAGCCUCUUAUGGACAAAAACAAGAUUGAGGAAAGGUUAAAUCUGGUGGAGAGUUUUGUGGAGGAUUCGGAGCUGAGACAGUGCUGCCAGGAGGACCUCCUUCGACGUUUUCCUGACCUGAAUCGGCUGGCUAAAAAGUUCCAUCGGCAGAAUGCAAACCUGCAGGACUGUUACAGGGUCUACCAGGCUGUGGACCAGCUGCCCAGCUUAGUACAGGUCCUAGAGAGACAUGUUGGAAAACAUAAGGUCAUGCUUAAUGCAGUAUUCAUUUCACCCAUAAACGACCACAUCUCAGACUUCGUUAAGUUCCAGGAGAUGACUGAAACUACACUGGACAUGAAUCAGAUUGAACAUCAUGAAUUUCUGGUGAAGCCGUCAUUCGACCCAACACUGAGUGAACUGAGGAAGACCAUGGACCAGCUGGAGAAAAAUAUGCAGGCUGCCCUGAACAGUGCAGCCCGUGAGCUUUGUAUGGAUCCAGGCAAGACAGUGAAGCUGGAGUCCAAUGCACAGAUGGGUUAUUUUUUCCGUGUCACCUGCAAAGAGGAAAAGGCCUUGCGCAACAAUAAGAAAUUCACAACCCUGGAUGUGCAGAAAAAUGGGGUGCGCUUCACCAAUAGCAAGCUGAGUUCUUUAAAUGAAGAGUACACCAAAAAUAAAGAAGAGUAUGAGGAAGCUCAAAAUGCCAUUGUGAAAGAGAUCCUCAGCAUAGCUGCUGGUUAUGUGGAGCCACUUCAGACACUGAAUGAUGUGAUCGCGCAGAUGGAUGCAGCGGUAAGCUUUGCAGUCGUAUCCCAUGCAGCCCCUGUGCCCUAUGUGAGACCUAAAAUCCUGGAGAAGGGCACCGGCAGGUUGAUCCUGAAGGGUUCACGCCAUCCUUGUGUAGAGGCACAAGAUGAUGUGGCCUUCAUUCCCAAUGAUGUGAUCUUAACUAAAGGAAAGGAGAUGUUCAACAUCAUUACAGGGCCAAACAUGGGUGGAAAAUCCACCUACAUCCGUCAGGUGGGUGUGAUUGUGCUUAUGGCGCAGAUCGGCUGCUUUGUUCCUUGUGAUGAAGCUGAGAUCAGUGUGGUGGACAGCGUGCUGGCUCGCGUGGGAGCAGGGGAUAGCCAGAUUAAAGGAGUGUCCACCUUUAUGGCUGAGAUGCUAGAGACGGCUGCUAUUUUACGCUCUGCCACUGAGGACUCUCUCAUUAUAAUUGAUGAAUUGGGCAGAGGAACUUCCACCUAUGACGGUUUUGGCUUGGCGUGGGCUAUCUCUGAGUAUAUUGCCACACGCCUCAAAUCCUUCUGUGUUUUUGCCACUCACUUCCAUGAGCUGACUGCUUUGGCACAGCAAGUGCCAACGGUGCGCAACCUCCAUGUUACUGCCCUGACCACAGACAGCACUCUUACUAUGCUUUACAGAGUGAAAAAGGGUGUGUGUGACCAGAGCUUUGGGAUUCACGUGGCUGAGAUGGCAAAUUUUCCUAAACAUGUAGUUGCUAGUGCACAGGAAAAAGCUCUGGAGCUGGAGGAGUUUCAGGAUAUCUCCACAGUGGAUGAGGAUGCUGAGCCUGAGGUGAAAAGACGCUGCACUGAGAAAAAAGAAGGAGAAAAGAUCAUUGAGGACUUCCUGCAUAAGGUAAAGGCCCUGCCUCUUGACGGAAUGACAGAAGAGGCUUUCAAAGCAGAACUGCACAAACUGAAGGUGGAGGUGGUGGCCCAAAACAACCGCUUUGUUAAUGAGAUUGUUUCUCGUGCUGAAAAUGUGAAAAAGGCGUUGGCAUGAACGGACUGCAGAGUAUUGUGAUGUGGAAUAUUUUCACCUGUUUGUCUAGAGCACUACCAUUUAUAAAAACAAGUUAAUUAGCUAAUCCCUUUUGAGUUUGAGUUAGAAAUGGCUUUCUGUGUUUCAUAGUUUAUUUUUCAUAGUAAAUAUAUUCAUUCUAUUUGGUUUUGCAGCCUUUUUCACUGCAGUAUUGAAUAGCAGAGUGACUUGGAUUUUUUGGGGUACAUCAAGCUGUAUUGUAAAGUUCUCAUUGAAGAAAUUUUGCCAUCUAGUGGGUGAAUGUUACAUCACACAACUGAAAGUGUCUUAAAUGUAUGCUGCUGUCUAUAUGAUGCUUAUUUUCUCAAAAAAGGCAAUUGUCUAAAAUGGUUUAUUCUUUGGUUGCCAAUUAUCCUUCAUUUGUUUGUUGAGUAUAUUAGAUCUAAAGAAAAACACUUAAUCAGUGUGGGUGCAAAACAAAAAUAUUAGCUUGUUGAAGUUGGAGUAAUUGCAACCGCUGAGAUACAGUGGGUAUCAGAUACAGACACAUGUUCACUUUUUAUCCCAGACAUACUUUCCAACACAUAUUGCCAAUAUGGGCAUUAAAAAUAAGCAUACAGUCAUGCGUAACUCAUGAACAAACAAUGGAUUAGUUAUAUUGUAAAGCUACAAGUAACUAAAGUAACAGUGGAUUCCUUCUGGA